UAUAUACACAAAGAGGUGUCUGCCUUUCGGGACUAGAAGGGAAGGAACACGUUCCAGGACAGAUUGUGGCUCUAGCACCUGCAUUUCUUUUUAGUGAGUCCUUAAAUUUGAGCAGUGACUGAGAGAGUGGAACCUGAAUCCCGGAGAAAUGAGAGACCAUCAUUUCAAGCUUGAAAUAUACCAGAGAUUCAGAUGCACCCAAUGGUGAACACAAAAUGGGGAAAUCGAACAUCAGUCUCAGAAUUCGUCCUCCUGGGAUUUGGAAAUCUUCUAGAACUGCAGCUUCUUCUCUUCCUGCUGUUUCUAGUGAUCUACAUACAUUGUGACCAUGGCUGGGAACAUCAUCAUUGUUACAAUUGUUGUGACUGAUCAGCAUUUUCACACCCCCAUGUACUUCUUCCUGGGGAACUUGUCCUGCUUGGAGACCUGCUACACCUCCACCAUCCUGCCCAGGAUGCUGGCCAGUCUCCUGACUGGUGACAGAAACAUCUCAACACACCUGAUGGCUAACACAGAAGGCAGAAAUCAAACGUCCAUCUCAGAAUUCAUCCUCCUGGGAUUUGGAAAUCUUCCAGAACUGCAGCUUCUUCUCUUCCUGCUGUUUCUAGUGAUCUACAUGGUGACUGUGGCUGGGAACAUCCUCAUUGUUGCACUGGUUGUGACUGAUCAGCACCUUCACACCCCCAUGUACUUCUUCCUGGGGAACUUGUCCUGCUUGGAAACCUGCUACAGCUCCAGCAUCCUGCCCAGGAUGCUGGCCAGUCUCCUGACUGGUGACAGAACCAUCUCAGUAAGAAUCUGUAUCAUGCAAUAUUAUUUCUUUAGUUUUUUGGCAGGUGUUGAGUGUUGCCUCUUGUCUGCGAUGUCUUACGAUCGGUAUUUAGCGAUAUGCAAACCGCUGCAUUAUACAGCCCUCAUGAAUGGCAGGCUCUGCCUCCAGCUAGCAGCUGGGUCUUGGAUAAAUGGGCUUCUGGCUAGUAAUAUACUGACAUCCUUGAUGUCACAGUUAUCUUUUUGUGGCCCCAAUGAAGUUGACCAUUUUUUUUGUGAUUUUGCUCCAGUAAAAAAACUGUCCUGCGGUGACACCAGGCUGAUGGAUCUUUUGGCUUUCAUUCUGGCUUCAAUAUUCACCCUGCCCCCAUUUCUAUUGACCCUGGCAUCCUAUGUUUGCAUCAUUGCCACCAUCCUGAGAAUCCCUUCCACCACCAGGAGGCAAAAGGCCUUUUCCACCUGCUCCUCCCACCUCAUCGUGGUGACACUUUUCUAUGGGACGCUGAUGAUUGUCUACAUGCUCCCAGAUACUGACACACUGAAGGUCCUUAACAAAGUAUUCUCCAUCUUCUAUACGAUUCUGACUCCUAUGGUUAACCCCCUCAUCUACAGCCUGAGGAACAGGGAGGUCAAGGAGGCCCUGAAAAGAGCUGUCAGUGCCUUUUUAAUGUGUACAGGAAUUGACACAUUUCAAACUAAGGGCUUUUGUAGAUAGGGAAAAGGCCCAGCAUAGUUAGUGCAAAUAACUUGGUGUGGAAUGGUGGUGUCAGUGCAGAAUAGGUAAUGCACUGUAAAUGCACACCCUAGCUAUUGCAUAUUAACUUCCCGCUGAAAGCCCGUCUUGUAUACGAGCUAUAAUUGUUUAAUCUUAGAGAGAAAACGGGGGAACCUCCCCCGACUUUCUUAUAUAUUUUAAUUCCCUCCCCCCACUGAGUUUCUUUCUUUCUUUCUUUCUUUCUUUCUUUCUUUCUUUCUUUCUUUCUUUCUUUCUUUCU